CAUCCAUGACGUUCUCACCUUCCCAGAACUCCUCCAGAACUUACAGAACCCAAACAUGAUGGUAUCUUUAGAACAUUUCGACCUUUGUGAACCUAAAACACAAACACUAGAGCAGAGAAUCAGAUCCAUGCCGCAGCAGCAGCCGUCCUUUGUUCUGUCUCCAUCAGGCCCGCUGGUCUGUGCGGCACGCGGCCACAAGGUGGCGCUCGUGCUCCACCAAAAAGCCCCCUGUUUCUCCAACUUGACCGCACUGACGUCACGCUAGUCUGGUGCAUCAAGGCCACUUCCACGCCGCUAUUGGUCUGAAACUCACAUGACAUGUCUCCCAGCAUCCAUAAUUAUGCUACAGGUAUUUUUGCACCCCCUCCUAAAGAUGUCAGCAUCCCACUGUCCUCAUUCUCCCGCUGAAAUCCCGCACUCCAGAGCAGUGCGACACACCAGCUGAGCUUUACUCUGUGCACGUGCAAAUAUGACAUGUCCGAAUAACAUAUCGCCCGGUAACUUCCUGAUGGAUUCCUUAAUGGGAGGAUCAUCUUCCUACAGGGGUGAGGGUUACUCCAGCAGCCCCGGGAUGUACGUCCACUCAGCUGCAGAGUGCGGAUAUUCAGUGAUGAGAAACAUUGGGAAGGUUGGACCCUCUCCUCUGCCCAAGAGAGACGAACUUUCUGCGCUUGGCGGCUUCCAGGAUGCGCCCUACCUGUCAACACAGCUGGCCUCGUGGACCCCAGGCUCCAAAAGCUGCAGGGACGAGCAACCUGUUGCCCAGAGUUUACAGCCCUGCUCGUUUCCAGCGGGCAGCGUCAAAGAGGAGGCGUUUUGUUGCCUCUAUCCAGAUGACAGCAAUAAGGGGAAGCAGACAACAGAGUCACCCACUUACAUCCGGCUUGGAGACAAUGGCUGCCGGCCUGAGCCAAAUGCUGCCACCUCCAGCGGUUACUUCCAGGUGUACGGCGGAGAAAGGCCGCAGCAGCGGGGUCCCGCCGGAUUCUCUCUCACCCACUUGGUGUCCUCCGGUGCUUCAGCGGCGGAACGGACGAAAAGCUGCACCGAACCUGCGCAGGACACACCGAAAGGGGGUUCAAAAACACACGAGAGUGAAAUCAGGAAGGAAGAGAAGGCCAAGAGCGACAGCUGUUCUGAAAACUCGGACGGAGAAUUAAAAGAUGAUUCAUCGGCAGAAAAGACAACAGGAAGCUGGUUAAAAGCCAAAAGCGGAAGGAAGAAGCGGUGUCCAUACACAAAGCACCAGACGCUGGAGCUGGAAAAGGAGUUCUUGUUCAACAUGUAUCUGUCUCGGGAGCGCCGCCUGGAGAUCAGCCGGAGUAUCAACCUGACCGACAGACAGGUCAAGAUCUGGUUCCAAAACAGACGCAUGAAGCUGAAGAAGCUCAACAGGGAGAACCGAGAGAGGGAGCAGAGUGCAGUUUACAACUACUCCUGAGGACUCACACAUCCAACAUUCACACAGACUGUAGAUAGACAUGCAUGCAUCAUUUUGCACUCGAUAAGCGCUCAUAAGUUUAUAAUUUACGCAUAAACACCACACACAUGAACAAAACGCUGCAAGUUGCAGAUGAGAUGUUCCUUCUGGAGGUGUCACAAUACCUGAAAUUUCACUCGAAAUACAGAAACACAAGCCGGGUUAUUAACAAUAGUGGCAUGCAUAGGAUUUUCUUAUAUUUUGCCACUUGCUGCUUCUUCGUUGUGACAUUUUGUAAAUGCAUGAUGGCAUUAAACUCUGUCAUGGCGAGGGGCUCCAAAACAAUAAAAAGGGAGGAGAAAAUGGCAAGGUACUAACUUUGUCCUUCCCCUGGCAUAUAAUGGUGAAAAUGUGAGGGAGGGAAAGACUGCGGAUGAGAGAAAGGAGAUCACGGCGGCUUUAAUAGAAUUGAGAGACCAUAACGUUGAUUUAAAUAUUAUCCAGGUGACCACAGUAAGUCAAGGUCAUAAAAUUCUAAUGUCAGGUUCGCCCUGGAAAGCGUUGGGGGUGGAUUUUAUGAUCUGCAAAUAUAAUGUGCUGCAGCAGUAAAGAUGCGUUUAAAGGUGUGUGUGUGUGUGAGCGUGUGUGUGUGGAGGAGGAAGACUAAUCCACGCAGCAGAGCCCACAAUGUGCAGGAGUCAGCCGAGGCGCUGGGCUCGGAAGGAACGGCUGCCUCCACCCGGGGGGGAUUAUGGAGCUUCGGUGGGAGCGGGGGAGAUGAGAAAGAUGGAGGAUAAAAGGGACAGCAGGCGCUGCGGGCUGCAGGGACAAUAAUUCCAAAGGCUGGGAAGCGAGCACGUGGAUAACAACGCGCACCUGUGAGACGUCUGCACGAGACAAGCAAAGAUAAAAGAAGCCAGGCUGCUCACAGAAAUGUCUGAAGAAAAA